GUGUGUUCUUUUCGGCUGCCUUAGCUGGGGCCGACACCGCUCGCUCGCUCAGUUGCGUUGAGGUUGCCGUGAGCGCGCUUUGACCAGUUCACCCAAUCUCCUCUCCCGUUUCAUCUGGGUGACUCCUCCCCCCCCCCCCCCCCCCCCUGACCGCGUACGAAGCACCAGCGCGGCUCACAUAACGCCCACGCAUCGUGAACCCCUUUCACGCGCUUGGUCUUCUCGGUGUGUGAGGAAAACCCUGCGUGAAGCUCACGUGGUGUGCACCGCCGGAAAAGUUCGCCUUCAAGAAACGGCAGCUUUUUUUCACUGUGGUCAGGGCAAGUUUGGAUUGGGCCUUCCUGGACCGGCCGGUUGAUUUUGGGCGCCGAAAGCCCUUGUGUGUGAAGAGGUGGUUGAUCUGACUUCGGCAGCGCAAAGCAGCAGCAGCGACGGCGGCGGCAUCAUGCGACUGUGCGUGCUCCUGUCGCUAGGCCUGCUGGCCACCGUGUCGGCCGCAAAUGAGGAGGCGACCACAGAGGAGACGCCCGAGAAGAGGCUACUGGUGUUCCCGGCUAACGAGCUGCCGUCUCCAGGCGGCUACUGCCAGUCACCGCUGGGCUUGGCAGGCCGCUGCGUGCCGUACCAGGAGUGUCGCUUCCUGUUCGACGACGAGUUCCUGGCACGCCGCUCGCUGUGCGGCUUCGUCCGGCGUCAAUCGCUCGUUUGCUGCCCUCAGAGUGGUGGAGGUGGCGGUGGUGGAGGAGGUGGAGGAUUUGGCGGAGGCUUUGGCGGUGGCGGUGGCUUCGGCGGAAACGGAUUCGGAGGAAACGGAUUCGGCAACUUCUUCCCACAGCAGAUACCUCAUGUACCACAACAUACCUUCCCGGGCCUGGGUCGUCCACUGCAGCCCAGUCGGCGGCCCUUCUUUCCUGGAGGUGGAGGUGGUGGCGGAGGAGGAGUCCGGCGGCCUCCACACUUCGGUGGUCCACGGCAGCCUCCCGCUCAGCGACCACAGCAGCAGAAGCUUUGGGGCACGGAAAAUUGCGGCGUAGCCAGCAGCGCCUUGGUCCGCAUCGUGGGAGGCAGGGAGUCGAACCUGGGAGCAUGGCCCUGGAUUGCCCUGCUGUUCAUCGACGUGCACGGCAACGGCGUCCGCUCUCCGCUGUGCGGCGGUGCUCUCGUCACACCCCGACACGUGCUCACGGCCGCGCACUGCACCUUCAGCGGCAACCGGUCGCUCACUCCGGACGCGUUCGUGGCGCGACUGGGCGAGCACGACUACCUGAGCAACGACGACGGUGCCAGCCCGGUGGACGAACCGGUGGUGCGCAUCGAACGGCACGCGCAGUUCAACGCGCGCACCUACCUGAAUGACGUGGCCGUGCUCACGCUACGGCGGCCAGUGCCCCUGAACAAGGACAUAGCACUCAUCUGCCUGCCGUACGGCUCUCUGCGCGAUGACCAGUACGAGAGUCGCAGUGCCAACAUCGCGGGAUGGGGCGAGCUCUACUACGGCGGCCCGUCCAGCGCCUCGCUACAGGACACCCGCAUCCCCAUCCAGACUCUGGACACCUGCAAGGAGUCCUUCAAGCGCACCAGCAUCACCUUCACGGACCACUACCUAUGCGCGGGCAGCCUGAAAGGAGACAAGGAUGCCUGCAGGGGCGAUUCUGGCGGACCGCUAAUGCUGCUGGACGAGCAACAGCGGUUCACCAUCAUCGGCAUCACAUCAUUCGGGCGCCGCUGUGCGGAACCCGGCUACCCGGGCGUCUACACGCGAGUCGCCAAGUACCUCGACUGGAUCCAGCAGAGGCUCGUCUAAAUUCCCCGCCGAGGGCGCCCCCUGUAAAUAAACCCGCUGCGUCACCA